AUGCCAACAGUGAGAUAUCUCAUCACAAAGCUUUUACGAUUCUUGGAAGGAGGAAGUCUGCGAAGUGUACUACAUAAUGAGGAAAAGGCAAGAGCUUUUGAUUGGAGUAAAAGGGUAAAUGUUGUCAAAGGUGUUGCAAAUGCCCUAUUGUAUUUGCAUUUUGACAACUCACCGCCUAUUAUCCACCGAGAUAUAUCAAGCCAGAAUAUUCUACUAAAUGAAGAACACAAUGAGGCUCAUGUCUCCGACUUCGGAACUGCUAGAUUUCUCAAACCCUACUCAUCAAACUGGACUUCAUUUGCAGGAACUUUUGGAUAUGCUGCUCCAGAACUUGCCUAUACUAUGGAAGUGAAUGAGAAAUGCGAUGUUUAUAGUUUUGGAGUAGUGAUCUUGGAAAUACUUAUGGGGAAGCAUCCCGGAGAUCUGAUAUCAUCAAUAUCAUCAUCCUCAUCAUAUGCAUUAGGCCAUGAUGAUGAAGCGGCACUAAAACUCAAGGAUAGUUUGGACCAACGGAUCUCAGCUCCAACAGCUGAUAAAGAAGUUGCCAGGGAAGUGCUACUAACAAUCACCAAUAGCCAGAACAGGGGAAGGAAGCAGGGGCUCUUAUUAAAUGGAAACACAGCCUUGAAAGCAAAACCCAGUCUUUCCUAUCUUCAUGGGUUGAAGGGAGCAACCAUUGCAAAUGGGUUGGAAUUGCUUGCGACAACUCAACCAGUAUGA